AUGUCAUAUCGAUUAUACAGAAAUACCACUUUGGGAAACAGUCUUCAGGAGAGCCUAGAUGAGCUCAUACAGUCUCAACAGAUCACUCUCCAACUUGUCCUUCAAUUUCUACUUUGGUUUGAUAAGGCUAUAAAUUCAGCAUUGGCUCAGAGGGUCAGGAACAAAGUCAAUUUCAGGGGCUCUCUAAAUAUGUACAGAUUCCCCGAUAAUGUGUGGACUUUUGUGUUGAAUGAUGUUGAAUUCAGAGAGAUGACAGAAUUUAUUAAAGUGGAUAAAGUGAAAAUUGUAGCCUGUGAUAGUAAAAAUGCUGGUUCUAAUACUACAGAAUGA